AUGGCAACCACCGAAGGCGACACAGCUAAAGUCCCUCUGGAGGUUAGUUACAUCAUCGCUAUCAUCAUCAACACUAUCACUUGUCCCUUCGUAGUUCUGCUCAACGUGCAAGUGAUAAUGGCCGUGAAAACAAGACGUCGACUCCGAACCAACAGCAACAUCUUGUUGGCCUGUUUAGCGGUGACUGACGCAUUAACUGGUCUCUUGGGCCAACCGUCAUAUAUCCUGAUGAGAAUAUUUCAAUUAUCAGGUCUCAAUGGCAGCAAAACAGUUGGAAGGUUUCACUUCAAUGUUGCAACUACAUUUGCAGUGGCUUCAUGCCUUCAUCUGAUUUUGGUUACUUUCGAGAGGCUUAUUGCGAUCAAAUUUACGACGCACUACCCAAACAUUGUCACUGGUAAUAACAUGACGAUGGCAGUGAUAGUUGUUUGGAUCUUUGCUUUAAUAUGUAAUUUUUGUCAUGCGUUAAAGCUGUAUCUAGUAUUAUAUUACGUGGCAGGCCUUGUCGGUAUUUCGUGUAUCCUUUUCAUUGUCUUCACAUAUGUGGUUUUAUAUCGUGAAACACGUCGCCACCAAAGGAAGAUAAAAGUACAACAAGUACCUCAAGAUGAAGUGGAAAGAUUUACCAAAGAGAACAAGGCUCUUCAGACAACUGUGUUGGUUGUUGGUGGUGUUAUCAUCUGCCUUCUUCCAGUUUGUUUUUGUCUCAUCGUUGUAGUUACAGGCCUUUAUAGCUUUUGCCCUAUCAAUGGAUCAAUGUGGCAAACUUGUAAUAUGUUAAACUCGCUUGUUAAUCCACUGAUCUAUUGCUGGAGACAAAAAGCAAUUAGGAAGCUCGUGUUUACACACUGUAGAAGAAGGACCCAGGUCGUGCAGUCAGCCAUCCAAUGA